CCCAGACCCUCGGCCUCGCUGGUGCCCAGACCACCCAGCUCCUGGUGGAUCCUCCCUGGAGGCCGGCAGUGCUGUGGGACCAGGUGACACUGACCUGCCAGGGCUCGGGGACCGCCGGUGCCACCACCUGGUACCAGGAUGGGCAGCAUUGGUGGCAGGAGGGACCUGCCAACUUCACUGUCACCGCGAGUGGCAUCUACAGGUGUGACAGACCUGGCACCGGGCUCAGCCCCCCCAUGAGAGUCUUAAAUGCUCGCUUGGUGCUGCAGGUGCCGGCGUGGGAGCUGCUAGAGGGGGACACGAUGACACUGCGCUGCCGGUGCUGGCGGGACAUGUCGGUCACUGAGGUGCGAUUCUACCAUGAGGACAAGGAGGUGGGGAGGUCCCUCACUGGGACCAAGCUGUCCCUGUCGCCUCUGCAGCUGAACCACAGUGGCCGCUACUGCUGUGGGGGCCAGGUGGACUCCAAGGUGGCACCGUGGAUGCUCUCAGCGCCGGUGACAGUGACAGUGCAUGUGCCCGUGGACAAUGCCACCAUCACACCCGGUGUCCUGGAGCUGACACCGCGAGACACAGGGACACACAGGGACACAGUGGCUGCAGGGGUCAGUGGGGCCAUUUUGUUCCUGCUCCUGCUUGUGGGUAUCAUUGUGGCCUGGUACCAGUGGCACCGCCUGGAUGCCAGGAAGCACCAGGAAAGGGCACCCCCAGACCCCAUGGCACUCCCAGUGGAGGAUCCUCAGGCGACGUACAUGGAGCUGCAAAGGCACCCAUGGGAACCCAGCGACAUCUAUGACAAUCUACACCAAAAGUUGUGA